GAGGAGUCGUAGGCAAGACGUGAGACAUGGAAACCCUCUGACUCAGUGCCGAGGUUUCAACCUGAAAGCAUACAGAAAUGCUGCAGAAAUAGUUCAGUACGGAAUAAAAAACAACACCACCUUUCUCGAAUGCACACCCAAAUCUCCUCAGGCUUCUAUUAAAUGGCUGCUACAGAAGGACAAUGACAGGAGGAAAGAGGUCAAGCUGAAUGAGAGGAUCAUAGCUACUGAGCAAGGACUCCUCAUCCGCUCUGUCCAAGACAGUGACCGGGGGCUUUACCACUGCAUUGCAACAGAGAACAGCUUCAAACAAACCUUAGCAAAGAUCAAUUUCAAAGUGUUGGAUUCAGAGAUGGUGGCCUUCAUGACUGACAAGUGGUCCCCUUGGACCUGGGCCAGUUCAGUGCGAGCGCUGCAGUUCCACCCAAAGGACUUUGUGGGAGCUUUCAGCCACUCAGAAAUGCAGAUGAUUAACCAGUACUGCAAGGACAGUAGACAGCAAGGCCAGCAGAGGGAAGAAACCCAGAAGAUGAGAGGGGACUACAGCAAACUGAAGGCCCUUAUCAAUAGCAGGAAAAGUAGAAAUAGAAGGAAUCAAUUACCUGGAUCUUAA